CUGCGCUGUCGCACUGUUUUCAUUCAAACUAAAGCGUAAAUACACGUAAACAAUGCAUCCUUGUCGCGCGGCUCAUACGCCAUCUGCGUACAGCUCAGAUUUGAGAUUUGCCAAAAUGCCGCUACGGUGUUCUGAAGAGACACGAGAUGGAUUGUUGAAUAAAGUCGUUAUUUUUGUUUUCUUCGUGUACAAAAAGUAUUCUCGUCGCUUCAUAACAUUACGGUUCAAUCACUGGAGGCAGAUGGACUAUUUUGACUAUGCUUUUCAUACUUUUCUGGACCUUGACAGUGUUACUUACUUGGCAGUUUAUGAGACACCCUCAAGCCUUCUGGUUUUCAUCCAAAAAAUCUUAAAUUGUGUUCCGAAGAUGAACAAUAGUGACAAUAGUUUUACGGGUUUGGAACGACACGGGGUACAUUUGGUGUUUAUGAAGUGAAGUCAGUGUCAGUGAUGGAGGGAGAUUCAGUCACUCUUCACUCUGGUCUUACUGACAUAAUGGAUGAAGAUCUGAUUCUGUGGAGGUUUGAAAACACUUCAGUAGCUGAAAUCAAUGUAAUGGCCGGCAGUAUCACUGUAUAUGAUGAUGUUCCUGAUGGGAUAUUCAGAGACAGACUGAAGCUGGAUUAUCAAACUGGAUCUCUGACCAUCACAAACACCAGAACUGAACACACUGGACUAUAUCAACUACAGAUUAUCAGAAAUGUUAGCAAAAGUUUUAAUCUGAGUGUCUAUGCUCGUCUGUCUGUUCCUGUCAUCAGCAGUAACUCUUCAAACUGUUCAUCAUCAUCAUCAUCAUCAUCUUCAUCACAGCAGAAUUGUCCACUGGUGUGUUCAGUGGUGAAUGUGGGUCAUGUGACUCUCUCCUGGUACAAAGGAAACAGUUUAUUGUCCAGCAUCAGUGUGUCUGAUCUCAGCAUCAGUCUCUCUCUACCUCUGGAGAUGGAAUAUCAGGAGAAAAACAGCUACAGCUGUGUGAUCAACAAUCCCAUCACAAACCAGACCACACAUCUGGACAUCAGCAAACUCUGUCACACACGUGCAGUUUCAGACUCAGCAUCUAAAACAGUGCUGAUCUCUUCUGCUGCUGCUGCUGGAUCUCUGCUGAUUGUUGCUGCAGUCGUGAUAGUUUGUAUUUGCAGGAAAUGUAGACAAACAGACAAAGAAGCUGAGACUCAUGAAGAUGAGAUCACUUACAUUGAGCCUACAUUCUACAAAAGAGAAGCACCGAAACCGGAUGUUAAAGAGGAUGAUCAUGUGGAAUAUGCACCUAUCGCCAAGAGAAGAUGAUCAGACACGUAUCAGGACUGCUUUGUGACUUUCACAGGAAGCUCCUGUGACUACCUCAGAGUCUCGUUUCAUCUCAGCCCUUGAAAACAUGUAGAUUGAGUUUUGGGAUUG